AAUUUCCCUCUUAAAAUGAGCGACGUAAAAUGGAAAGCAUUCUCUUUAACGCACGUUGAAUAUCCCGAAGGAGAUAGAAUAGGACAGCUCUUAGCAAUCAGCAGCUUAACACCUAUAGCAAUAAUUGUUGGAUUUAUUACACUGAUUCUCUUUAGAAGGGAUCUCCACACAAUAGUAUUUUUUGCUGGUGCUCUUUUAAAUGAAGCAAUAAAUUUGGUUAUGAAGAGAAUUAUUGCUGAGCCCCGUCCUUUAACUCGAAAGGGCUUAUAUACAGAACAUGGUAUGCCCUCCUCACACUCACAAAUGAUGUGGUUUUUCUCUUCAUAUUCAAUCCUCUUCCUAAUAUUUAGGUUACGCCAUAUAAACAGCUCAGGUUUAGAGCUGAUUUGGAAAGUUCUCGUAGCUUUGAGUCUUAUUGCUACAGCUGUGGUUGUUGCUUAUUCAAGAGUGUAUCUGUUAUAUCACACUUGGAGCCAAAUUAUUUGGGGUGCUGUGAUUGGUGUUAUGCUGGGUGUCAGUUGGUUCUCAUUCACACACGUGGUAUUAUCACCAUUUUUCCCUACUGUGGCAUCAUGGAGAAUAUCAGAACGACUGAUGAUUCGAGACACAUCACUCAUUCCCAACAUCAUGUGGUUUGAGUACACACAUGCACGCACGGAGAACAGAGCCAGAAGUCGGAAACUAACUUCAAUGAAGAGCCAGUAACAAUUUGCAGUAUUCUUAUUAAGAAAUUCUUGGUGUUGUGUAAUUUUAGGAAAACUAUGUAAAGACGAUUCUCUGAUUUUGAUAUUUGUAAACUCAGUAAAGCUCAUAAAAAUUAA